UACACUAGUGAGUGAGUGAGUGAGUCUUAUUCUUAGACGCAAAGGCCGCUAUACCUUUCGUUUUCAUAAAAGCCAGCCGGACUCUAUCCCCUCUCCUCCAUGGCAUUGGCUGUGGCGGCAACCACCUCCGUCUUUACCCGCUCCUCGACUGCUCUCACUCCCAAUCAUGUCCACCUCCGCUUCUUCGUUCCUUGUCGAUGCCGCUUGCUUGGGCGGUUUCGCUUUCUCCCCACCAGGGCUCUCUCUGCUACCGGCGGCUUCUCCGACCACGUUGAGGUCUGCGUCAAAGAAUCGGUUACCGUUCCCGGAAAGCUCGGUGACUGCCCCUUUUCACAGAGGGUUCUGUUGACUCUGGAGGAGAAACAUCUACCUUAUGACAUUAAACUAGCUAAUCUAGUAAAUAAGCCAGAAUGGUUUCUAAAAAUUAGUCCUGAAGGUAAGGUUCCCGUUGCCAAACUUGAUGACAAGUGGAUUGCUGAUUCUGAUAUAAUCACUCAAUUAAUUGAAGAGAAAUAUCCGGAGCCAUCUUUGGCUACUCCUCUCGAGAAGUCUUCAGUUGGUUCAAAAAUAUUUUCGUCCUUUAUUGCUUUUCUUAAAUGCAAAGACCCCAAUGAUGGGACAGAGCAAGCUUUGCUUUCAGAGCUGACAGCGAUUAAUGACUACCUAAAAGAAAAUGGUCCUUUUGUAAAUGGGGAAAAAAUUUCGGCUAUUGAUCUGUCCCUUGGACCUAAGCUAUACCAUUUGGAGAUUGUUCUUGACUAUUACAAAAAUUGGUCGGUUCCUGAAUCACUUAUAUAUAUCAAGAAUUAUAUGAAAUCAGUUUUCUCAAGGGAGUCCUUUGUUAGAACUCAAGCCCUAAGGGAGGAUGUGAUAGCUGGAUGGCGACCAAAAAUUGAGGCUUAAAAGUCUUCCUGCUGCUAUUUGCCUGUAAAAUCAGAACAAGGGACCAGCUCGUAGGCUGCAAUUCAAAUUUCUCCACGGGCUGUUUGGUAACAGAUUUUGUAAAUUCUGUAAAACCAACACCAGGAUUUAAGGUAAAACUGAGAAGACAUUAAAUUUGUUAAAUCCUGAAUUUAAAAUUUAUCAGUUUUUUUUGCAUGACCCCCCUUAUUAUAUUGCCAGAUGAACCUUCUAAGUACUUACAUCCAGAUCUGAUUCUUUUUGUAACUUUAAGUAGGUUUCUAGCAAUUAAAAUGGCAAUGCAAUUUAACUUUCUGCUGUUUGCAAUGAGUAGUCAUGAGAUAUAUUUUGAAGGAAUUGGG